AUGGAACCGCAAAAUACCUCGAGUAAAACUGUACCCGCGUCGACAGCGAUCAACCGACCCGACCCCGAUCAGAACCUCGAAAACCGACAGCUGGAAAUAAGAUUCCGGGAAUCGCCGACCUGCAUCAGCGAACCGAAGCUUCAGAUACAAGAAAUGGUCGAAAACAUCAGGUUAGCCGAGACGAAUUACAACUCGGUGCAGAGACUCUGCCACGUGAAGGCCUCGAAUUUCCUGGACGACGAGAACAGCAGCAGUACGGCUCCAUCGAGGAAAUCCAGCAGUUCUCUCGGCUGCAGCUCGGACUCAAAGUACGAUCGCGAGAUGCAGCCGACGAACAAUUUCCGGAGGAACGAGCGAGAAGCCAACAAUAACAACACCAACAGCGAUUCAAACCUCGACGACGACGACGACGACGAGGACGAGGACGAGGACGAUAACAAAGGGGUGCAAAUUAUGGUGACGCCGAGGUCGCAGAUUGUGAGGGAGCCGGUGGCUGUGGUGACGCCGCGGCUGGAAAAGAGCGCUGAGAGUGUCAAGAAGCGCCUGAAGAAGACCAUCAAGCCAAAGAAGAAGCCCGCACCGAUGAAGAAACCGGCCGAAGACUUGGCCAGGCAGACUCGGAUAUACACUGCCAAGGCCAAACGGAAGAAACUGCACGGCCGGCUGAGGAACUCCAACUCCAAGAGCACCGUCAUCACGAGAGACACGAUUAUGACAGACGCCAGAGGACUCAGGAUGAGAAAGACCAAGCGGCAGAAAAGUAUCGAUGCCCUGUCGGUGGUGUACAAUCACACGCAGCAGCAGCAGCAGCAGCAGCAGCAACAGCAGAGCCGCAAGCGAGGAGGAGGUCAUCAGGUAAAAACGCGCGAGCCUAACAAGAAGCGAUCGGACCCGAAGGACUUCAUCGAGAUCUUCAACAACAGCAGAGCCCUGAAGAGCGGGAGCUUGUCGGCCGUGUCUAGCCGGCCCUCGAAGAUCGAGGCCUCGCAUCAGGUAUCUUACCUCAGCGAAGAGAUAGCCCAGACGAUCGGCGAUGCGCGUAACAACUGGAGGAAUAAGAAAUUGUUCGCCCCUGCCGAAGACAAUGCGACUGUAGACGUCGAGUUUCGAGGAAAGAACGUCGAUAACCCAGGCAAAAGUAGCAACGAUCGGUACCAAGUGAACGAGGAGGGCCCGCGACAGUCGCUGUCGCAAGUAUACUCGGCAGUGGCGAAUAACCACCUUGUAGCCCCUCAUCAAACGCCGCACUACGAGACGCCCACUUAUGUCUCGGACAAAAAGCGGGUACCCAAGCCACUGUACCAGCGCUUCAGCAUCCGCAGUAUCCCCUUCGUCGUGGGAACGUCCUUGUCCCCGAGCCACAACCUCGGAUUAAACAUUCAGCAGGUGCUGGGCGUGAUCAAAAUGAAACAACCCGCGGUGCCGGGGAUAAGUCCGGUGCUGAUACGCAAAGUCAGCAAGGGCAUGAGUCCGGUGUCGAGAUUGUUCGAGGAGAUAAACAGCGAGUUCGCGAGAUCGUGCCGGGACUUUAACUUCCACGACAGCACGACCGGCUACUACGACCAGAGGACGAGCAACUUGGGCCUUGGUCGCGACAUCAGCUCCUACUCGUGCGGACACCUCCAGUCCCCGAUGGCCAAUCAAAUGGGCUUCAAGCAGAGCAACAACGUCACCUGUGAGCCGCUCUACGAGGAAGACGAGGAGUUGCACUCGUCGAAUUCAGAAACGUGCGUGGGGCACAAUGGACACAAGGAGCAGAUAGCGGCUUCGGAUGCCGGAAAGUUGAUGGAUAACUUGCAGCAGCAGAGAAAUCGCUCGUUGAGGCACCCGAGUAGGGUGCAGAGCGUAGGCGAUCACUCGUUUAGCCGCAACAACUACCCGAGAAACAACAAGGAAAUGAUGGAAGUGCUCAACAGGUUCCACGACCAGUUCCAAAAAAUGAUUACGCAGCAAGAAAAGCUGAAGGAGCAGUUAGAAAAGCGGAAAGACAAGUCAGUGCUGAAAGAGGUGUUCGAGCUGGAGGAGGCCCUUAGAGCUAAGGAGAAAGAAAUAAAGGCAGUCGUUGAUCUCUACAAAGAGGUUAUAUCGCUGAAGCAGCAGAUGAAGCUGCUACACGAGCGCAACAGUUUCGUGUGCAUCGCGAGGCCGGAGGAUUCACUUUUCCAUCAGACCACGGGGACCAUGAGGGCGCGAGCCCACACGGCCCUGCCCUUCGAGGGCUCAGGACUGUUCUGCGAGGCGACACCCCAUUCGCUCCAGCUCACUGGGUUGCUCAGGCAGAUCCAGGCCUUUCACAGGCAGCUGUCCCUCGCGUGA